AUGGCGUCUCUUGAAAACGGCCACACCAAUGGCCAGAAUGGCGACGCCGUACCAUCCGCCACCCCUCCGCGCAACCUCCGUUUCUCUGAUAUCCCCGACGCUAUUGAUAUUCCAGCCUCUAGUUUCGACAGCGAAGUCGAAGUCAGCUUGCUCGAGCUCCCCGAAGACCCGACUGAGCUGUGCACACUUCUCGAGAACGAAAAAGCCGCAAAGAAUUUCUGGGUGAUCAUCGCGCUCGCUUACGCGAAGCGCAACCAAAUUGACCAUGCCAUCGAUAUCUUGAACAAGGGUCUGGCCUCCGUGGCCCAUGGAGCGACGAAGGAGAAACUCGGCCUGUUAGGCUGGAUCUGCUGGCUGCUGUUGUUGAAAAGCCGACAUGCUCCUCGAGUUGCACCCGAUGGAGAGCUUUACUCUGAAGCUAAAACCAAGGACCAUUACCUGCAACUUGCGACAUCGACCUUGAACGAGGCCUCUCGUCUCAACCCGGCUUACCCUCCUCUUUUCUUGGCGCGUGGUGUCCUAUGUCUCCUCCGUGCAUCGCUUUAUGCUCCUCGUGCUGUUCGCCCGGGUGCUGUGGAUACCUCAGAGCGAAAUGAGUCGCUGCGGCAAGCUUUGAAAUGCUUCGACGAGUCGUCAAAAGCUUUCGGCGGCCGAAACAUCAUGGCAAUUCUGGGGCGUGCUCGCGCACAUUACAUGCUGGGGAGAUAUGCCGAGGCCCUCGAGGGUUACCAGAAGGCUUUGAUCAAAAUGCCCAAUCUCACAGACCCGGAUCCCCGUAUUGGAAUUGGCUGCUGUCUGUGGCAGCUGGGUUUCAAAGACCAGGCAAAGGUCGCCUGGGAGAGAUCUUUAUCUCUGAACCCCGAAUCCAAGGUUGCCAACAUCCUUCUCGCAGUGUACUAUCUCUACGACAGCUCCCGCCGAGCCACGACCGAUCCUAUGUUCGGAUCUUUGUACAAAGUGGCCAUGACCCAAUACACACAAAAGGCGUUCAAGCUCGAUAAGGAAUGCCCGAUGACUUGCUCCUUAUUCGCAGGUUACUUCCUUCUCCGCAAAACAUAUGCGACCGUGGAGACGUUGGCACGAAAAGCCAUUGAGCAUACAGACGUCAUGUCGAUUGCCAGUGACGGUUGGUACAUGCUUGGCCGAAAGGCACACUACGAAGGUGAUGCUAUCCACGCUGCGGAAUUCUACAAUCGCUCAGAUCAGGCCCGCGGCGGCGGCGAGAAGGGAUAUCUGCCCGCAAAAUUCGGUGCUGUUCAAAUGCAGAUCAACAACAAAGACUUCGAUGGGGCCAAGUUCCGAUUGGAGAAAAUUGUCCAGCAAUCGAAAAACCCGGAGGCGAUGACUCUCCUUGCCGCAAUUCACGCAGAAGAAGUCUUCGCUGCUCAGAAGUCAGGUGGCAAGGAGGACAAGUCGAACGAGACCAAGCGAGCCAUCACUCUUCUGGAGGCAGUGCGCUCCAUGUGGAAGGAUGAGAAACAGAAACUCUCCCCCGAUGAGUCGGUUCUGGUAUAUCUCGCCCGGCUCUACGAGAGUACGGCUCCAGAGAAGAGCAUGCAGUGCCUCACACAACUUGAACAGAUUCAGCUCGCUGGAAUUCCGGAGGAGGCUCGUCCAGACAUUGAUGACCCGGCUGAGCUGAACAGUGCUCUCAGGGAGAGUCUUCCUCCUCAGCUUCUCAACAAUAUGGGCUGUUUCCUUUACCAAAACGAGAAGAUUGCAUUGGCUCGUGGCCUGUUCCAGUCAGCGCUCAAUUCAUGCGUGCAGGCCAAGGAGAAGACAGAAGAUACCGAUCCUGACGCCCUUGUAACCACAAUCAGCUACAAUCUUGGACGAACAUAUGAGGCAGCAGACAUGUGGGACGAAGCCAAGAAAGUCUACGAAGGUCUUCUUGAACGUCACAGUGACUACACAGAAGCCAGUGCCCGUCUGACUUACAUUGCUCUGCGCCAGAGCCCUACCGACGAAGGCCCGAAGAAGAUUGCCAAGCUUUACGAAGCGGAAAACACCAAUUUGGAAGUCAGAUCACUUUAUGGCUGGUACAUCAGCAAGUCUAAGAAACGUGUUGCCAACCUCGCCGAGGACAAUGAACAACGCCACUUCAAGCACACCCUCCAAUACCACGACAAGCACGACCGAUAUGCCUUGACUGGAAUGGGUAACGUGCAUCUUCUCUUUGCUCGUGACAUGCGUCGCGACUCAGAGCAAGACAAAGAAAAGCGUCGGAAAAUGUACCAGCGGGCGGUUGAAUUCUUUGACAAGGCUCUUCAACUGGAUCCAAAGAACGCAUACGCCGCUCAAGGUAUUGCAAUCGCUUUGAUCGAUGAUAAGAAAGAACACAGCUCUGCCGUGCAAAUUCUGUCCAAGAUUCGCGACACAAUCAAGGAUCCCAGUGUCUAUCUAAACUUAGGCCAUGUCUUCGCCGAGCUUCGCCAAUUCUCACGGUCCAUUGAACAUUAUGAAACGGCAUUGUCCAAGGAUCGCGCUCGUGAUGUGCAAAUCCUGGCUUGUCUUGGACGUGUCUGGUGGCUGAAAGGAAAGCAAGAAGCCAACCUGGCAGCUAUGAAGACCGCUCUUGAAUACGCCGAACGCGCCCGCACAGUCUCCCCCGAUCAACUUCACCUUCAAUUCAACGUUGCCUUUGUACAGAACCAAAUCGCAUCACUCGCCUACGGUCUACAGCCUACACAGAAGACUCUACAGGAUGUCCAGGACGCAGCCGAGGGCCUCAAAGAAGCUAUCGAAACGUUCGAGCGGCUCUCCAAGGAAAAGAGCCCGCCCUACCCGAGCGCCGCGCUCGAGCAGCGUGCGAACAUGGGCCGCACUAUUAGCAAGCAGCUGGACCGUGCUAUGCAAAGCCAGAAAGAAUACGAAGAGAAGAACGCCGCCAAGCUCCAACAAGCGCGCGAAGUCCGCGAAGAAGCGACUCGCGCCCGGGAGGAGGAGCUCCGCAAAGCUCAAGAGGUGGAGACUGAGCGCAAGAAGCGCAUUGCCGAAGAGCGUGCUCAGAUGGUUGAUGAAGUUCAACGCCAUGCUGCGAAGCGCGCUGAGGAGGAUCGCGCGCGUGAGGAAGCGGAGUUGACUAAUGAUUCGGAGACUGGCGACCGCGUUAAGCGUAAGAAGAAGCCUGCCAGCAAGCGCAAGAAGAAGGGUGAUGACUUUAUUGCUGAGGAAGAAGAGGGUGAAGAGCACAGUGGGGAAAGUGACUCCGGGGCGGCGCCCAAGAAGAAGCGCCGUCUUGGGCGGCGCUCGGACAAGCCCAAGGCCGAGAAAGAAAAAGCUGAAAAGCCGGGCAAAUACAAGAGCAGCGAGAUGGUAGUUGACUCUGAUGAGGAGCCGGCCUCGGAAAAGGAUGAGGCUGCACCGCGCCGGCGGGGCAAUGCUUCUCGUCGCAUUGCCGAUGACGACGAGGAAGAAGACGAGGAAGAGGAGAAAGAAGAAGAGCCACAGGAAGAGGAGCAGCCAGAGCCAGAGACCAAUGUUCCCGUUCCUGCCGACGGUGUUGGCGACGGACCUGGCGACGAGGACGAACUGUUCGGCGAGCCAUCCAAGACCCAGGACACCGAGAUGGAGGAUUGA